CGCUGAGCAGCAGACGACAAGAAAGAACCGGAUGAACAGAAAGAAAAUCGGAGAGAGGGGUAUAUUUUGCAACUAUUGCAGCAAAACGCAGUGGACAAUUGAAAAAACGUAAAUUAUUUAGGAAACUAUUGUCUCCGAUAGAUAUGAUAGAGAACCUCGCGGCGAAACUAUGUCUGCUUCUGUCGGAAAAUACCAACGCAGCCGAGAAAUGGAAGCUACUCGGGCAGGAAAAGGACGGCUCGAUACUUAUCGGAUGGGUAGAAGAAUCGGAGAGGAACGACGCGUGCACGUCGUGUACCAUAGUCGGCCGCUACGACCAGGUUGACAACAGAUUACAGGUGCUGCACCGUUUUUCAGAGGUGUUGAACAUUGUUCAAGCUACAAUCAAUCAAAGUCGCACUUUAUUGGGAUAUGUAACGAAACAGAGGAAUCACCUCGAAGAGAUUACACCAAAUCCUCCACCAGAGGAUUACUGUUCAGAUCACAUGCACGAGUCUUCCGGAGAGUUCUAUAGAGUAUUUAUCAUGGAGUUGACUACCGAUGAUACCAAAAUACACGAUCUGGAGAUAGAGAGGUCUAAACAAGUGAGGAUACAAUUUCUGUAUAGAGAAAAGGAGCAACUAGCUAUGGACAAGUUUCUAGUACUAAUACAUCAUGAAUGUAUUCUGACCUACACUGCUCAUUUUGAUACAUCUGUAAGUCACUCGAAACCGAUAAAGGAACUGAAAUCUGAGACACUUGUAAAAACAUUUAUAUGGGCUCAAUGGGAUAUGAUUAAUCAAGUUCUUUAUCACAUACAUCAUCGACGAAUUCCCACGAGUGUGGUCACCGAGGGUGACGACGAGAAUAAUUCCAGAUCCUCGAAACCAACUCUCAGUGGUCUUCAGUUUCAUGAUGACUUACCCCAUGAAACUGUGCUGAAUAUCCCACUAAACUUACCGCUACUGUCGCCGUCCUCUAGCUGUGGGACUUACGAGGAUGAUGUGAUACCCCUGCGAGUCCACGAUUGUUCCCUAGAUCUCAUAGUGGUGUCGGACACCAAGGGGAUGGUCUGUGUUUGUCACUACUAUCUUUACCGGCCGGUACAGCCGCCGCAGCAUGUACUCAACUCCCUGAAUGAGUCCAACACAGUGCACUUCGCGUAUUCGGUGACGCUGCUGCAUCACAGUUGCGUGAUUCAUUGCGUUAUACCGGGUAUACCAUGGUCUCGCGCCAAACUGAUGAGGCCGACUUUCGCAAUCUACGAGAGCCAUCACAUGAUCGUAUUCGUGCCGGGAUUGUUUGCUCAUCUUCUUGAGAUCGGCGUGAACCACGAACCCUGCUGUCACAUACUGUGCGGUCCGCCGCCGACAAUCCCAUCCCGCGUCUCUUAUCUGGUGCCAUUACUCGAUUUAGACAAUGUUAAUAAAACCGCAAGAAAAAAUUCCUAUCCAGAUGGCAAGAGUAAUUUGGAUGGAAAUAGUCUACUCGCAAAUUCUAAUACGAGUAUACUGACGAUAGAUCUGCCUACUUUGGAUCUAGUGCAGUUGACAAUUCCUUCGGAUUUUCUUGUCGAGGUUUUUCGCAAGGAAACCUCAGUGGAAGUCCGCCUGGGAAUACUUCAUUAUUUUCUCUGCCAUAAAAACGAUAUGGAAAUUAUUGCGGAGUUAAUGUCCAUCGUCGCGGAAAAGCCACGUUCGUUGGAUAUCCCGCGCUUUAUGCAGGAGAUUCUUAUAGGCAACUCUUAUGCUUUGGUACAAAAGAAUCUUCUCACGGAUACCAUUCCCUUGCUGUCUCUGUUACCCGUUACUACUAUAGGGGAUUAUAUGACUUUCGAUAUAAAGAUGAACGAUUUGGAGAUUACGCUGAGUCACGAGAAACUCUGGAACACAUCGGUAAUGUUACUUUCGCCACAACAGAGACUCGUUCCUUAUCGUAGCGAUUUAUGGACUAGAUUGUGGGAUCAGUUGAGUAAAAAUGGUAGUGACAAACUAAGAUUCAGACCUAGUCAUAUUGCGGAGAAACUGUUGGUUUCUUUAGCUUGUUAUCAACCAGAAGCAUUGUCCAGAUGCAGUACUCCAAUGUCUCCAAGUGGAGGAUUUGUUGCAAUGCCAUUUGGAGACUUCAUGGGCAAUCGAAACAUCAAGUUGGACUCGGGCUUACCAUUUAACGAGACGGAAAGUUGCACCGCUUCAAAACAGGAACACAUUGUGUCUGUUAAUUUACGAGAACUUUCAAUGUAUCUUCUGAAGAAUGGCACGCACACGUCAUCUAUGCAUACACGUGGUUCUUGUACUCCGUUGCAUGUUCAUGCUAUGGCUACAAGAUAUGUUGCUGCACAAUUAGAAUCUUCGCGUAUAUUGUGUCAAGUACUUUGCAGAGCAGCCGGUGUUGAUCCGAGAAUUGAGCAAGAACGUGGCUUCAGUCUCAUAGACCAAUUGGAUGAAGCUAGACGAUGGUUAUUGUUUAUGCUUUUACAACGAUAUAGAUACGCCAUAGAGAAUAUCGCUUAUCCAGCACCACAAGGAUUUGCAUCAUUUUUCACUUAUCUUGGCUACCGUACUCUUAAAUAUUCCAUGUUCUUACAAUACAUUGAACGCUCUGUAUUUGAGCUUCAAGUUGACGUCACUAAAAUAAUUUUAGCUGAUAUCAGCGAUACAAAGGAAAAUGUCGUUCAGAAAUUGAAGCUGUUGUCCUUAUUGCCAAGAUCUCGCGCAAAGAGGCUCUUAAAUCAAUGGCUACAUCCAGUUAGUUUAAUGUUGCGAGCCAGAGAACAUGCCGCUAAUAUUCUAUGUGGUGAAGUAUCCCAGAAUCGAACCAGCAGUCGGACUUUACAACACCGUAACCAUCAUAACAGUUUGGCGGCGUUUCCUUCAGCAGAUCGUUUAUCACCAUUAGACACCUUUUUAGAUUUACUUACUGCAAAAGCUAGUCUUACAGAAUUGGAUUUCGGGCUAUUGAUAGAAGCGACAGUAACGUCGACCGAGGAUUUCCUCUAAUGGAAAUUAAGUAAUAAUCGAAAAUUUAUAUAAAAAUUUAGUAAUAAAUCGGAAAAUGUCUUUUAACUGUAUUGAUUGAUUCAAUAAUUACUGAAUCAAUUAGAUGACAAAGUUACAUACGAGUUCUACAUUUGAGCACUUACCUUAAAGUUUUGUAACUCUUUUGUACAAUAUGAAAUUUCUUUAGUUGAGGGGAUUCUGGAGUGCUUUUGAAAUUUGAUCGAGAUCAAUAAUGUAGAGUCACAUCUUUUUUGUGCACAUCAUUAAUAAAAUUUCAUAUAUAUUUUUUUUAUAGAUUUAGAAAUUCAUUUCCAGAAUUUAAGUAUACAUAUUAAUAUCAAUCUAUGAAUUGGAUUUUAUAUUGGGAACGAAAAAAAAUUUUUUCAUAUUGCUCUAUACUUAUUGACUUUUUACGCGUUAUAAUCUAAAUUUUCGUUUUUUUAUUUUUUAAUUUGCGGAAUGCAAAUCUUUUUUUCUAGGCUUCUAAUCUUAUUUCUAAUUGCACAAUAUUGUUCCUGAAAGUUUUUUCUAGGAGGUAAUGGGACCAUUUUAUACAUAUAAACUGUAGAUUUUUUGUAUAAAGCAAAUAUUGUCAUUAGGUAACUAAUAAAUAAUUUUUUUAAAUUCAUCAGAACAAAUUGUACAUCGCACCCUUCAUUUUUUUUGUGUAUUUUAAUUGUGUAAAAGAAUUUUGCAUUUUGCUAUUCCAAUUUGAAAAUCCAAGUUCACAAAAAAAUGUCAGUAACUUUGUCACUCCAGGAUCCCCUUAAAAAAGGAUAAUUGUAAAAAGUACUUACAGUACUUACAGUACAAUUAUAAAUAAUUUUUAUAUUCUCUACAAGAAUCUCUAAUGUAGCAAGUGCCAUUAAAAUUUCGUUACCAUUAGUAAUUAUAAUACUUAAUGUCGAUAAUAGAAGUAACAAGAAUUUAGUUACUUUGCAAGCUUUUAAGUACUGCAUAUUGCAGAUGUUUAUGAUCGCGUUUUGGAAAUUUUCGCCUUUUAUGCGAAUCAUUUUCUUUCUUAACGCGGAUUGUUAGUUAAAAAAUAAGUAAUUAGAAAUAAUAUAAGAGCAUAAUCUGUUAAAAGCGUCUGGGCUGUUGUUAUUCUGUUUUUCAUAUUUUUAUUAGCACGUUUCGCAAAUAUUACAAACGUGGCAAAUGAAAAAUUUAGGUAGUUAAGUGAAUUGUAAUAUUAAGUUUUAGUGCACAUUUUUUAUAUGUGGUUUGAUAUUGUCAAGUUUUAGUAUAUUAAAAACAUGUGAUAUAGUGAAUUAUAAGUAUAAGUAUUUGCAACUAGCAUUUGCAUAAUAUGUCUUUAUUAUUGGCGUAUAUAUAUAUAUUUGUUAAACUUAGAAUUAAUUAUGUAAUAUAAUAAAAUAUAUGAUGCCCUUAACUUUAUGUAUCGACAAAGGUCUUAAAAUAUAAAUUUAAAAAAUUAAUUCUGAUUAGAGAAUUAAUAAAUAAAAAAUAUAUUACAAUCAAAAA